UUUUGUCUUUCUACUCAUUCCUGCAAAAACUGUGACCUUCGCUUCGUCCCUCCCGUCUUCGACGUUGUUUCUCUCUCUCCAGUCGAAUCAACAGAGAGAGAGAGAGAGAUGGUUGGGCCAGGAAGACCACAGUUCGUUCUCUUUGGCUCGUCGAUAGUGCAGUUCAGCUACAGCAAUGAAGGCUGGGGCGCCGCUCUAGCUGACCUCUACGCCCGCAAGGUAGACAUACUCUUGCGUGGAUACAGUGGAUGGAACUCAAGGCGUGCACUGGAGGUCCUCGAUAAGGUUUUUCCAAAGAGCCUUUCAAACAAGACACGAAUCAUCUUCCUAAGUGCACCUCCCAUCAACGAGGAACAAAUACGUGAAACAAUGAGCGACACGUUUAAAGAUCUUAGCAGAACAAACGAGGCCUGCAGAAUAUAUUCAGAAGCUUGCCUUGAGCUGUGCAGGGAGAUGAAUGUGAAGGCUAUAGACCUGUGGACGACAAUCCAGAGAAGGGAUAAUUGGCAUUUUGUAUGCUUUACGGAUGGGAUUCAUUUAUCAGCCGAGGGAAGUAAAAUAGUGGUAGAGGAGAUACUGAAGGUGCUGAGAGAGGCAGAAUGGGAACCCAGCCUUCACUGGGAGGCAAUGCUGAUCGAGUUUGCAGAGGACUCACCCUAUAAUCCAGUAGUUCCCAAUGUCCACCGUGAACACCACUAACUGGGCCUUCCACCGAACCAUGCAGUGGGACUAGGUUUCACCGUUGAAAACACAGAAAUAGUGAGAAAAGAAGUCGUGUGGGAUCAUCCACACUCAGUACAUUAUAUACCUCAAUGAGUUAUUUACACAAAGAAUAGAAACUAAAGACUAUUUACGUUUAAGACCCUAAUCUAUUGAGUUCUAUAUAUAUUUAA